AUGUAUUGGUGGCGACUGAUACACGAUGAAAAUAAUUUCUGUGAUUGCAGUCAGUACCGUAUCUGUCGAAACUUGAGGGUAGCCAACUGCAGCCAGGACAAUCUCUCAUUGUGCGAGGAUACAUCAUUGGUUCGUUGUCGCAAUGAGUUCAUAAUCAAUCUGACUAACGGGCCGCGAGUUGAGAAGGAGGAAGAGAACGAUACUCUGGACAAUCGACUGCUCGUCAUUCGAGCCAGCAUCAGCCAGCGACGGAUUUAUCUGAACGCAUGCAUCGGCGGCGAAUGGGGAAGGGAAGGUUCGGUGAAACAUAAAUGGGCUCCUGGCGACGAAUUCGACAUACGAAUCAGAUGCCACGACAAGUUUUUCGAGAUAUUUAUUGAUCACAAAUUAGUCGCGAAAUUCGCAUAUUAUGUACCAAUCUCAAAUAUCACACAUAUCUACAUAAAUGGUGAUGCUGAGCUCUACUCCGUUUCAUGGGAAGGCAAAUACUAUCAAAUACCCUACGCAGCUGAUAUUCCCGGCAACUUUUACCCUGGCCGAAAACUCUACAUAUCGGCAGUUACCAAAAAGCGAGCUAAGCAGAGUCGAUUGUUGGUCGAUCAUUUGCAGAGAUUGAUACGAAAUACACGAUCUGAGGAGCGAUGGGGAAAGGAGGAAAACAGCUUGAAGAUGUCAUUCCCAUUCAGGAAGAAGAGGGCAUUUGAUCUACUCUUCUUUUGCGACGAGGAUCGAUUUGUUUGCUAUGUGGACGAUUGCUUGAUCGGCUCUUACACACAUCGGAUGUCGCCUCGAGAUAUCGACAAAUUGUGCAUUGACGGUGAUGUCGAGCUGCAGGGUGUCCAUCUUAAAUAG